UUUUACAGUUCCGUUUUAUUUUUUCUGUUAACCCAGACAUCUUCAGUUAAUCAGAUCCACAUCAAGGGGCAACAGGAAGAGGGAACAUUGUAAAAUCAUCAUGCAUUUACUGUGGUCAAAAUAACCAAGUUAUUUGGACUCCGAAUUUUGGUGAAACUAUUGUGCAUCUAAAACCCACCUUGCUAAAGACGUUAGCCUAAAAUCUAGUCACCAAAACGGCAGAUUAUCAUGAAACUCAUUCUUAAAGAAUGCUUCAAUCAAAAAGAAAAUUAGAAAGCCUUCCUGGCAUUUGCUGUGGUCACACAGAGGGACCAACAUGUCAUUGAAUCAAAUGAGACCUCGAACUUCACAGCUGCUGGAACUUCAUGUUUUUUGUGUCCCAGCAGAAGUGUGGAACUUCAAGCUGAAUACAGUUCCUGUAGCUCUUACUAGCAAAUUUGUCUCAGCUGGAUUUAUAAGGGUGUCUCCUCACAUCACACUAAGAGUGCUGCGGGAGAGGCUUGGAGAGUACCUGGGUGGAGUGACAGUCGCAGAUAAAUUCAGAUUUUUAAAAUGCAUUGGGAAAAAACUAGCAGUGGUGAAAGCAAAGCAGGAAACAGAACUAGAACUGAAGUCAUUUGCUCCUCCUUAUGCACUUUAUCCUGAAUUAUAUUUAUUACCUGGAGUGGAAUAUUUUGAAAAUGUUUAUCCAUUGCUAUCAUCACCUCGACAGAAACAUCACAUUAGUGAAGAAGCUAAUAGGUUUGGUCAUGGAUCAAGAUUAUCCAGCCUUUCCCAACAGAAACCUGAAAAAGGCAAACCAUUUUUAGAAAGAAGACAAAGCAGGCAUCAGGUAGAAAAUGUGGAAGUGCCCAGUCCUGUGGAAUGGGGUGAGAAAGAGCCUGUUCCAGUUUCACACACAAACAACAAGCAAGACAAUAACAACAGGAUUCCAGAAAAACAGUUUGAAGAAAAAGAUCAAAGUAGUUUUGAUGGAUCUCUCUUCACACCAAGUCAUUCCAAUCCUGCAGACCAGCAGUCUGGAAAGUGGGACCUGGUAUUACAGACCUCUGAGCAGAAUCAUCUCAGCCAAGAUGAAGAAGACUGCAAUGCUCCUAAGUGGAAUGACAAAGCCAAAGGAACUGCUCUUACUCGUGUAAACCACAGUGAUGAACAAGGCCAGGAACUGGCAAACAUGGAAAAUAAUGAGCACCAAAAAGAUACCAAAUUAAGAAGAGACAGAAUACAGGAUGCUGAAAUUCUUAAAAUAAGGGAAGACCAAACUACAGAUUAUGUCCACAAAAAACAAAGCUUGCAGCAAAACAGAAUUAAGAAGACUACAGCUGGUCUUGGUGAAAAACUGGAUAAUCAGGCAGAUGAAAACAAGCAAAAUCAUCUUACUUGUCCAAAAGAGUGUAUUUCAGCUCCUAGUUCACCUUUUUUGGCAUUUACUGUAAAUCCAGCUCAAGUUCCUGUAAUUCAGGCAGCAAAAAACAGGAUGGCAGAACAACUGCAACAAAUGAAGGAAGACAGAAGGCACAUGGAAAAAACUAGAGAAGAACUGAGAAAAAAAGCUAAAGGGCUACUGGAACAAAAUAAGCUGAGGAAAUACCAUGUGCGUGAGGAAUGGAAGAAGAAGUACUUUGAAACCAAGAAAGCUACAGUUUCACUGGAGGACACUUUAAACAAACUGCAACAAGAUUUAGAGCUUUACCACCAGAAAUUGCUCUUGCAACUAGAAGCCAGAAAUAGCCAAAAACGACCAAACAAAACAACAACCUCCAAGAAUUACACAAUCAUCCGGAUUGCCACAGUGCAGCACGAACUCCAUCAACUGAGGAGGAAGCUAGAGGAUACAAAAAUGAGACUCCUCAUAGAAAUUAAGAUGAGAAAGCAAGCAGCAUCUCAUUUACAAGCACUGAGAGCAGAACUGACCCAGAAGAAGAUUCAUUCAGCUUUAAUUCUCCAGUCCAGAAAAUCAGGAAUUUGAGAAGAUGACAUGAGUAACAUCUGUGAAAUGUACAGCUCUCUAGUGUAUGGGAAAGAGAGUUUCAGAGCAUUAAUUUGUAUGUUCUUAAAGUAAUUUUGUAAAAAGACAUUAACUAUAUAAAUGUUGUGGAAUUUGUAUUAUAUGCUACUGAGGUAAUGCAGCUCACUUCUUUUUAAAUCUCACUUACUGUAAGAUCAGUCAGCUACUUAAACAUACAGUUUAAGCUGGAAACAUGUCUGAAACGAAGCUGUUAUUUUUAAAGUGCAAAUUAGUUAAUUGUGUAACAUACCAGUGGUAUGCUGAUGUUCUCUGAUUAACUAAAUAGCUACUAAGAAAUAAACCUAAAAUCUGUAACCUUCUGUCC